GCGGGAGCGGAGGCUCCGGGCGCGCCGCCAGGCGGGAGGGCUGCGGGCCCCAGCGCGCCUCGGAAGCACUUCUGCCGGGCGACCCGGACGUGGUGUGGGCGGUGACGGCGGGACUCGCCCGGGAGGUUCCGUGAGGAGCGCCGUCAUGUUCCUAACGGUGGCGGCUUUGGCCAAGAGCAAAUCUAAAUACAUUCUGGUGAGGAUGCAAAGUGCAGCUGAGACGGGCUAUGGUUUCAACAUAAGGAGACUCCGACUGCAGGAAAAACUGGUCUUGCUGAGAUACGAUCCCAUCGCAAAACAACGUGUCCUCUUCACAGAGAAGAAGAAAAUCCGCUCUAUCUGAACAAUGACUGAGCUUGAUUUAUGCGUGAGGACGAGCUGGGGGGAGGACAGGCUGAACGUCGACUCAGAAAUCGAGCAACACGGUCUGAAAAGAGAGGAAAUGAACUAGAAUCACCAUCUCCUGUGAUUUGAAGGCCAUUGUGAAUAAAACAAUGUAGACAGAGAAAAUUCUUAACGUCUGGACAUAGAUCAUCACAGUAACAUUUAUUUAUCUUUUGAGUUAUUUUUACAGUACUCAAUUAAAAAAAUUAAAUAGCAAAUCCCAUUGUCUGUGUUUUCCAUUGUGAAACAGGCUGUAAUCUUCAAAGGAGCUAUUGUUUUAUAAGGCAAUAAAAAUUAACAUUUUCCACAGCAGGAAUUCAAUGGCAGGAUUGCAAGUUUUUCUAACCUACCAGCCACAGAUUCAACAGUAGUGACCGCGACUUGGUGUCAUUCCUUGGAGGGGUAGCGUUGCACUGGCUCCUUCCUAGGAAAGGAAGAACACCAGUGGGCAGCUGGUGAAAUAAGAUGAGCUUUUGGAUAAGCUAUGACCGCUGCUAAAAUGGCUGAAUUAUUUCCAGUAAGGCAAGCAGAAUGGAUUCUUCUCUCCUUGUUUUUUGUCAGGCAUAAAGAAAGCAGCCACAGUAGUUCACUGAUGGUUUUGGAAGUUAUUCUUUAACUAGCCCACCUAUGUUUAAAGCAAUACGGCUAGAGACGUUUUCCAAAGUCUGCUUCAGCAGCAGUCUCAUCCCUUUUCCAGUUUGAGGGAUGUUCCAUAGCCUGGCAGAACCAGAGUGCAAGGUGGCAGCCCCCAUCUCAGGCAUGUGGGAAGAGAUGGGCCAGGGCUUGAUGUUCAGUGCUUCGUUACCAGCCAAAUGCUGGCUCUGGUGUCUGCAGCUGCGGCCUGAAGUUGCAGUUUCAAAGCUCACAUUCUGCUUCACAUGCUGGCAUCACACAUCAGCAGUUCUGGUAAAAAUUACCACCAGAAGGCCUGUAUCCUCCAGACAUUUUGCUGUAAAUUUUGUGCAGUACAGUACAGUAUAGCACAUUGUGUGGGAUGGCCACAAGCCCAGUAGUUGUGCCUGGGACCAGAGAGACCUGCCGUGCUGUGUUCAUAAGACCCACCACCCCCAUCUUGUCUUACUGUUGUAGAACAGGAAUUAACAGGAUUCCUCAAAUAAGAAGCAGAGACUUUCCUGGUGUUUCCAGUUAGCAGAGAACCUCAGUGCAGUCAGGAGAAUAAUGCUAUCUGGGAAAAGAUAAAAUCAGUACACUGAGCUAGACAAUGUCAAUUAGAAAAGGUCCUGUGGCAAGUCCUUCCUGUAAGGAUAUGAAGAUUGUGUCCCUGAUGCCUGGACGCUCACUGAUGCAACACAGUUGGAUUUCCUGAUCAUUUCCUCCAUGGGUAACUGGGGAUAGUAAGCCAGGUAGAAGGCCAGUGCUCCCACAAAACUGUCUCCAGCUCCCUAGAAUAAAAUAACAAACAAGUUUAAGCCCACUCACACAGGGACACAAUUCAGGUGCAUUUACUGGAAAGACAAAAAGUUGCAGCACUGACUGCAGGAGUCGGGAAAUUGUUCAGGGACUGAGUUCAAUUCACUUUUCUGUGCUUGGGAAAUUCUGCUAUGUUAAACUAACACCACCAUACUGUCUUUGUGCUCAGCUCUUGAAUCAAGAGGCUUAAACUUCAAGAAAAAGAAAUGCAAGAGUGCUACAGUUCAGAAAAAUGCUGUUCUAAACACUGCUUGUCAAAUUUCCUGUUGCUGGAGUGCCUGAUUCUGAUUUCUCAACCUGAAUGUUUCAUUAAAGCUAUUUUUCUCAUUUAA